UUUUCUAUAAAAAUUCAACUCGUAAAAAUAAAAAUCGCAAAAAAAAAUUUUGAAAAAAUUUCAUGCCCGAGGCGGAACUCGAUCUCUGUACCUUUCGCUCCGCGAGCGGGUUCCUUAACCAAGCGGCUAGCGCUGCUGCAAGUGGACACGCGUCUUUCAACAAUAUACAUAUUGCUAAACACCGUCGAAAACUACAUCACCACUCGAAGUUUCACGUUUUUACACUCAAAUUACGUGAAAAUACAAACGUAAACUUUAAACCGCUCUCCUGUAAAAUUUACGUUUUUACCCUUAGUACCCUUUUACUAGACGUGGGCACAGGUACAUAAGUAGCGAAGGAAUGAGUUUUAUUCUCACUCGUACAGUUCAAAAAUGUCGGAAAAAAUUAUUGUGAGAGUGAAUGAAGGGAAAAUUAAAGGAGUCAAAAGAUCUUCGAAAUAUUCCGGAGCUGAAUUCUAUUCCUUCUUCGGAGUGCCUUAUGGACAACCACCAGUCGGUAACUUUCGAUUCAAGGAUCCAGUGAAAGUGAAGCCAUGGAAAACCACUUUCGACGCGACGAGAGAAAAGCCAGGUUGCAUACAAUUUUCCGCAAAAGAACUCCAAAUGAUUGGAGAUGAGGAUUGUUUGUUCAAUAAUAUCCAUACUCCGAAAGUACAAUUAGGAUAGAAUUAAUUGCCUUCGUGAACGAUGAGCGUCAUCCACAGUAAUACUUUUUCUUUUUCGACCAGUUGCCUAGCAAAACUGAACCUCUAAGGCCGGUAAUUGUCAAUAUUCAUCCAGGGGGUUUUUUGUUUGGCACACCAAACGCUGAUCAUUACGGAUCGACGGAAUUUGUAAUGCAUCAUGACACCGUAUAUGUCACUAUUGCAUACAGACUUCAUAUUUUUGGUAACAACUCGAGUCAAUCUUCUCGCUGAUCUUGGACACAUCUAAACACGCGAGAUAUUUUUUCCAUUUCUUUACAGGUUUUAUGAAUUUAGGAUUGACGAAUUGCUCAGGUAAUCAAGGUAUCAAAGACAUUAUUUUAUCUUUGGAAUGGAUCAAGGAUAACAUACAUUCGUUCAACGGCGAUCUUGAUAAUAUCACGUUGCUUGGAAGCAGCAGUGGAGCUGCAGUUAUUCACUUUCUGAUGCUAUCUCCGGCAGGCAAAGGUGAAUAUCAAUUCUACACGGCGUAUCACGAAAUUUCCGCAUUAUUUUGCAAACAUUUGAUGGGACACCCUUCAUCAUUGAUGCUAACAACGAACCAAACUCAUCAAACUUUACAAACAGGUCUCUUUCAUAAAGCUGUCCUGAUGGGUUCUUAUGGUUUCAUUCCACUAGCCUCAUCUAGAGACUCGAACGAAAUUUACGCUUUCAAAAUGGCACAGCGUUUAGGUUUCGAGGGCGAACUCAGCGAUAGAAAACAAUUGCUAUCAUUUUUAAAGAAACAAGAUGCCGAAUUACUGACAACAUACCAGAAAUCCUUGAUAGAAGAAUUUCAAAAUGAUCUCGUGGUUGCAUAUCCAAUAGGAAUUUUCUCACCGACCGUAGAUUAUGGAAUUAUUUUCCCACAAUCUCCGGAGAAAUUACUCGAAUCAAUGAUGCGAAUACCAAUAAUGAUCGGAUUUUGCGAAAAAGAAUCGGUGGUGGCAUCCGCUCGUGGAGAUAUUUCACGAAAUACCGAAGCCCAUUUCAAGACAUCAUUUCGCCAAAAUAACUGGGGCUGGGGAGGUCACAUGAGCGAUGAAAAUAUUAAACUGAUCAACAAACAAGUGGAAUCAUUCUAUGUACAAGGGCAACCUAUUGAACAAGCGCCUUUGUUAACGAAAAUUGAUAUUUUGGAUGAUGUUAUCCUUUCUGAUCUUUACGAUACACUCGUAAAUAUUAUUGCGACUGAAUUGCCUUCAUCAACCUUCGUGUAUAAAUUCUGUUUUGAUGGCGAAAUUAAUUCUAUGAAAACAGUUGUGUUACGCGUUAUACCAGAAAAGUUGAAAGGUUAGUUUGUCAUAACAUAACAAAACAUAAUUUCGAUUACUCGAUGAGCACUCUAUUAUAAAAUGCUAAUAUGGAAAACCAAGUUUCUACCUAACAUGGGCGAACUGGCCUAUAAUGUUAUCUGUCGAUUGCCAGGGGCCUUGAAACACCAAGGGACCCCUCCCAGAAGCUAUGUUUAAAUUUAAAAAAAAAUAUAAUAUCAUGUUCGCCUCUAAUCUCUAUACCUACAUAAAUUUUUGCAAGCUUCAGUCCUAACAAAUUUUUAAACAACAUUGUUUUUUUUAACCUCUUGAAAUAAACAUUUUUAAACGCUUUUGCACUCACCUUGCUCGGAUCAAUUUAUAUCUCUUUUCUAAAUCAAACCAAAAAAAAAAAAAACAGUUUCGAAACUUCAAUAAAUUUAAAAGGCAAAAUAAUAACUUUUUAUAAGCCUUUAAUGCGAAUUACGAUAUAUCAAUUGGCAACAUUUAUUGUCAUUUCAUUUUUUAUUUCACUUCAAAAACUGGUCAGUUUAUUCGGCAAAAUGGACAUUUUUUCCUCAUGGAAAAUUUUAGCCCCACCCCCCGGGAAACAUCUCUGGUUUUGUUCCCGCCAGGUUCGUUAUACUUUUUGCAAAAUUGAAUGAAAAGAAAAAAACAAAAAACAAUUGCACAACUUGGAGAAGAAACAGGACGAGAAAGAUUCUUCAGGGAGAGGGAAUAACAUUUUUAGGAUCCCAUUCGGUUCUGCCAGGGGCUCUCGCGCCUGCUACCUAAUCUAUGCGAUUGAUAUUGUUGAAAGGCACAUUCCACGCUUGCGACUUCAGUUACUGGAAUUGCUUCAGUCCUCCUCGUGAUAAACCAACUCAAGGAAUGGUAGAAAUAAUGACAAAACUCUUCACGUCAUUUGCUAGAACAGGCAAUCCGAAUUAUGAAAAUUUUCCAGUUGAAUGGAAGCCAUCAACUCCUGAUAAACCCUGUUACUUGAAUAUAAACGAAACAAUAACAUUAGUCGAUGGUAAGCUAAACAACGAAAGAUUGGAGUUUUGGGAUGGUAUUAAGAAACAAUUCAGAAAUAAUUGAAUAUACUUUGA